AUGGUAAGAGACAGUUCGCUGGAGGGGUCACCCAACUGGUUGUCACCCAAUUUAUAUUCUUUACACUUUCUUAGCAUUACCAAUAAGCAACAAACAUUACCACCGUUGGAGACAUUGCCAACAGACAUGUCGACCAUGUCCUCCAUGAAUAUGUCUUCAAUCAUGAGUCCAUUUGAUGAGAGCUGUAUGAAUGCCCAGAACUCGUCAUCCGAUGAUAAUGUGGUCUUCGUUGGAGCCGUUGCUCUAAAUCAGGACAAUGAAUGCCAAGUGAUUUGUCAAAUACAGACACUCCAACAGUUUGCUAUUACUUUUGCUGGAAUCAUAAGAACCCGGGCUAUAAUCGUUGGCAAUAUAUUCAUGGCUUCAAUGCCCGAUAACUCUACCUGUGCUCAAACAGGUACAUGUAUGGGAGGGAUGUGUAAUGGAAGUGCGGAUACAAUGUCCACAACUAUGUCUUCAGACAUGACGAGCACCACUACAGUCGCGACUAAGACAACGACAAUCAAGAGAAAUACGACAACCAAAGCCCCGAAACGGGCUUAAAAGUAUGAAGUGGUUGUCCCAUGCAAUUGAUAUCAUUAAUAUUUUAAUUCUUAUGUAAUCCCUGUGCUCUUAAAAUACUUAUUUAAUUCAGAGAUUAUUGCAAAUCUAAUCAAUCAGUUAUACAAUUGUGAGAGUUUUGUAACACUUGUAAGUCAUGCAUGUAUUGUCUUUUAGAAAGUUAAUUGACAACAAAAAUAUCUUCGUAUGAACUCUUGCACUGAAUAUACUGUACUUUUCAUAUAAAUUAUACCGAUAUAGAC